AUGGAAGCCGAGGGACGCCCGCCCACCUGCCACCACCUGUUCCCUCCUUCAGCCCUCUACUAUAAAGUCUCCUCCCUCAAAGAUUUCUCCAGCAUUUCUCCCACAGCUGCUGCGGAAAACGCGCUCCCUCCCUGCCUGAGCUUCGAGAAAGACUUCGGCUUCCAGAAAAGAAGUCCCGGGCUUUCCCAGAGGACUGCAAAGGCCCUCCCCAAACCAGCCACACUAAAUUCCGCCGCCAGAAGGGUGGUGCCUCAGUGGGGCCAGGACAAAAAGCUGUCCAAGUACGAGACCCUGCAGAUGGCGCUGAGCUACAUCAUGGCUCUGACCCGCAUCCUGGCUGAGGCCGAGCGCUUCGGCUCGGAGAGGGACUGGGUCAACCUCCACUGCGAGCACUUCGGCCGCGACCACUACCUCCCGUUUGCGGGCGCGAAGCUGCCGGGCGAGAGCGAGCCCUACGGCCAGCGGCUCUUCGGCUUCCAGCCCGAGCCCUUCCAGAUGGCCAGUUAG